AUGUUGGUUCUAUACGAGACAGCGUUGGGGUUCUGUCUAUUCAAACUCACAGAUGCUGCAAAAAUUACGAGUCCGGACUUGUACCGGGAGUUCGAGACACCAGAAAAAGCGAAUAAACUGCUUAAACUAAAGUCGUUGCAUCGCUUCACAUCAACGGCUACCGCGGUUGAGGAAAUCACAGCUCUUCAGGAGGGAAAGCUCGGGAAGGGCCUCAAAAAGUUUUUGAACGAUGAGAUUGUGGAGAAAGGGAAGGGGAAGGAGUCUCUGAUGGUUGUGGAUCCGAAACUUGUUCGGUCCAUAAACAAAAAGCUCGGAAUCAACGUCGUCGCCGAUUCCGAUUCCGUUGAUUUGUUCCGUGGGAUUCGAAGCCAGAUCACUGCGUUGUUGGAUGGAUUGGACCCCAAAGAUCUCGCGACCAUGAGCUUGGGUCUCAGUCAUUCAUUAUCUCGCUUCAAGCUCAAGUUCUCCCCAGACAAGGUUGAUACCAUGGUUGUGCAGGCUAUUGCACUCCUCGACGAUCUCGACAAGGAGAUCAAUAUUUAUGCCAUGCGAGUGAAGGAGUGGUAUGGCUGGCAUUUCCCUGAGAUGGCCAAGAUUUUGUCGGAUAAUAUGGCCUACGCGAAAGUCGUGAAACUCAUGGGUUUCCGUACGAACGCCAGUUCGACAGAUUUCGCCGCCAUUCUUCCUGAAGAUCUCGAAGCAACGCUCAAAGCUGCUGCCGAAAUCUCCAUGGGGACAGAAAUCUCCGAUUCAGAUAUCACGCAUAUUCAUGCGCUGUGUGACCAGGUCAUCGAAAUCACCACGUACCGAACCCAACUAGCAGAGUACCUGCGGAACCGUAUGAUCGCCAUCGCGCCCAAUUUGACCGCAUUGGUCGGUGAACUCGUCGGCGCACGUUUGAUCAGUCACGCCGGCAGCUUGUUAAGUCUCGCCAAACACCCAGCUAGCACGAUACAGAUUCUCGGAGCCGAGAAGGCAUUGUUCCGAGCUCUCAAGACGAAACAUGAUACCCCAAAGUACGGUCUCAUUUACCACGCUUCGCUCGUUGGCCAAGCACCACCAAAGUUGAAGGGCAAAAUGGCGCGCAUGGUUGCCACCAAAACAGCACUCUCUGUCCGUGUUGAUGCCCUCACGGACGCAGACGGCAAGUCUGAGCCGAUGGCGCCCUCAAUAGGUCUGGAGAAUCGUGCGAAACUUGAAUCACGACUUCGGGCCUUGGAAUAUGCCGGCGAUGCUUCCGGGGUGCGCAGAUUCGGGGAGAAUGGCAAGAAGCAGCUGCGGUUUGAGAUGACAGGGAAUACGAGCACCUAUAACACAGCAGCGGACGCUGUGGAUUUGGUAUCGACGCAGCGGGAGCCUAUGGAAUUGGCUGUGCAGGCUGUGUUGGAUACGAAGGAGGAGAAGCGGAGGGCGAAGGAGGCCAAGAAGGCGAAGAAGAACGCUGAGAAAGCUGCGAAGGAGCAGGAGGAAGUACAUGCGGACGCGAUGGACGUGGAUGAGGAUGAGGAUAGCAAGGAGAAGAAGCGGAAGCGGAGGGUGCGCGAGUCGGUUGGAGAAACCGUCGAAGCUUCAAAGGAAUCUGGCGAGACAGAAGCAGAGCGCAAGGCUCGCAAAAAGGCCCGCAAAGCAGAGAAGGCGGCAGCUGCAGACGGGGAGUCGACAAAAAAGCGGAAAAAGUCGACAGAGUAG